GGGGCCCUCAGUCAGACUGCGUGAAGACCGAUAAUCAAAGAAAACAUCAAGAUAAUUGAAGUUAUCGCAGGGUACAGCAGCAACCGUUAGCUCGGUCAGGUUUAAAUACGGGGAAACACGAGCUCGAGGCGGAGGGCGUGGCCACGAGCGGUGACGUGCAGUGUUUAUGAGCAGCAAACAGUCAACACGGUAACCUGUCAGCCCUUCAAACCGUGCACCGUAAACGCUUUUAACUCCAACUUCUUGAAAACGGCGUUUCAGCGUGCCGUAUUGUCACCCAGCUCGGGUGCCAUGGUCCUCUGUUACACAUGAGCUCUACUAUGUGGUACAUCAUGCAAAGCAUUCAAAGUAAAUACUCCUUGUCCGAGCGGCUCAUCCGCACCAUCGCAGCCAUCCGCUCAUUCCCACACGACAAUGUGGAGGAUCUCAUUCGUAAGGGAGCCGAUGUGAACCGGAUGCAUGGCACACUUAAGCCCCUGCACUGUGCCUGUAUGGUCGCUGAUGCUGACUGUGUGGAGCUGCUGCUGGAGAAGGGGGCAGAGGUAAACGCUUUGGAUGGAUAUAACCGCACAGCAUUGCAUUAUGCAGCAGAGAAGGAUGAGAGCUGCGUGGAGCUGCUGUUGGAAUAUGGGGCCCAGCCAAAUGCCCUGGAUGGCAACAAGGACACUCCACUUCACUGGGCUGCCUUCAAAGAUAACCCAGAGUGUGUAAGAGCCCUGCUGGAGAGCGGGGCCUGUCCCAAUGCCCGGGACUAUAACAAUGACACACCUUUGAGCUGGGCAGCAAUGAAGGGCAACCUGGAGAGUGUCAAAGUGCUAUUAGACUACGGAGCCCAGGUCCAUGUGACCAACCUGAAGGGCCAGACCCCUAUUUCCCGACUGGUGGCCCUGUUGGCCCGGGGCCUGGGCACUGAACAGGAGGAAGAGUGCCUGGAGCUGCUGUGUCGGGCAGCAGGGCGGUUUGAGAUCCGACGAGCUGACGGCACCCUUCCCAGGGAGCUUAGUAAGGAUCCCCAGCUGCUGGCGAGGCUUACCAACAUGGUGGCUCACGCUCCCUCACUUCGCUCUCUGGCACGCUGCGCUGUCCGGCAGAGUCUCGGAGUGCAGUUCCUCCCUACUGCUGUUAAAGAGCUUCCUUUACCAGAGACUAUCAAAGACUAUCUACUGCUGAGAGACUGAGGUGGUGAAACCAUUGGGUGCUCUCAGACCUCACUGGCUGAUCAUUAGAUGGCUCACCACACAGCAUUUAUUGGCGAGGAAGUCUCCAUUGAAUUAUAGGAUAUUGUCUGACAGUGGCCCUCAUUUAUCAAACCUUCUUGCAAGUUGAUACAGACUUAUGCACCGGGAGAGAUGUCUUUUUUUAAACUAUCUAGUGGUUACACAACAUUUAAAUGAGCUGUGAUUUUAUUUCAGAUUGGUACAUCUGAUCAGUUUCAGCUGUAGGAGCAAAACUGCACUAGUGCAUUAUCUUUGUAUUGUUACAUAAAAACAUCUUAAAAUUAUGCAGUUUUUGGUAACUCCCUGCAUGGUAAAAAGAACUCUUAACACAACAACAUGUACUCAGCCCACCCUGCAUGCAGUACAGAAAGAACCUAUCAGGGUUGGCAGGAUAAGAUAAUUCUGGGUGGGGACAGUGAAAAAGCAGCGUUUCCCCCUCUCUCAUUACCACCGCUGAGGUGCCCUUGAGCAAAGCUCUUAACCCCAACUGCUCAGUUGAGCUGCUCAGUGGCCAGCAGAUCAGACUGUGGUUGUACUGGGCAGCUUCCAGGUGUGAAUGUGAUCAGGGUGUUCCUGCAAAAGAAAGGCUUCCUCUCAGUGAAACUUCCCUGAAUAAAUGAGGGUAAAAAAAAAAAAAAAAAAAAAGUCAUCCAGCUGUUCUCAACAUGGUCAUAAAGAGCCAGUGCAUCUUUGAGAUUUUAAGUAAGCAUAUUCAUUUUUUUGUAUGCAAAAUUCACAAUAACUGUUAAUUAUUACAUUUUAAAACUUGAAUAGAGUGAACACAUUAUGCUAUUAUGGUUUGUCACAGAGCAUGAGGAAAAUUUUGUCAAAUAUUGAGUUUGAUGGUAAAAUUAUCAACCUCAUUAAAAGAUUAAAUGUAAGAUACAGUACCGGUCAAAAGUUUAGAGACAAUUUCUCAUUGAAGUGAAUGGAAAACUUUUGAGUGGUACUGUAGGUUUAUGAAUGAGGGCUAAUGUCUAAUGAUGGAGGCUCUCCAGUAAUUCUGUCAGAGGAUGUCAUUCCUGAAGUAGAGCUCAGGAACGAGUGUUAUGUAGUUUGUGUGAUAGUUGGAGUGGCCGUCUUUCUCUCAAUGACGUCCCAGUGAACCUCAGUCCAUUUUUGCAGUACUGAGGAAAAAAAAACACCAUCCAGUCCACUGAAAAUGUUAAACACUGAUGAAAGUGAUGUCAACAUGCCUGCUGUCCUGUGUGAUUUAGAAUUAAUUUGGGCUUUACUUUGAUGAAGGUUGCAGUUGCCAAGGAGGAAUAAAAGGUUUUUAUUUUUUACAAUGGGUGUCUUCAGUCUUAACUUGCAAAAGUUGGGGUUAUCAUGGGUGCUUACUGGUCCAAGAUUUUGCAGCAUAUGUUUAAAAAAUAUUUUAAAUUGAAUGUCUAAAUGUUAGAAACCAUAAAGCAGCAUGAUUACUAAGUUUUUUGUCCUUUUUAAGAUUCUCUAAAUAACCUUGCAAAAUGUAUUUAAGUUUCUUAUGGCAUCUGUCUAAAAAUCUGACCAUUUCUGUGCUUGAUUUUGUUUUCUUGUUCUGCAGAUGUAAAAAAAAAAAUUCUCUCUUAGAUCAUGUCUUGUGUACACCUGCACAAGUGUUUUUUUGUUUGUUUGUUUGUUUGUCAAUGUAAUGAAAGUAAAUGCCUUUAUAUUCCA